CCCGCCUACCGAGCGGCGCCUACUCAGGGAAGCCAAGUGCGUUGGCGCGCGGGAUAUUCGCAGUGCGCAUGCGCUGCCUGAAGACGCGCCGACGUGGUCUUUAGGCGCCAGCGACCACCCAGGAAGAUGGCGGAACAGAGCCCCAAAUCCGUACUAUUCGUGUGUCUAGGUAACAUUUGCCGGUCACCCAUCGCAGAAGCAGUUUUCAGAAAACUUGUAGCUGACCAAAAUGUUUCGGAUAAUUGGAGGAUAGACAGUGCGGCCACAUCCACGUAUGAAGUGGGAAAUCCCCCUGACUAUCGAGGGCAGAGCUGCAUGAGGAAGCAUGGCAUCCCCAUGAGUCACAUUGCCCGACAGGUCACCAAAGAAGACUUUGCUACAUUCGACUACAUGCUGUGUAUGGAUGAAAGCAAUCUGAGAGAUUUGAAUAGAAAAAGUAAUCAAGUUAAAAACUGCAAAGCUAAAAUUGAACUACUUGGGAGCUAUGAUCCACAAAAACAACUCAUUAUUGAAGAUCCCUAUUAUUUUAUAAUGAGAGAGCUGGAUUCCUUGAAAGAUUCCUCUCCACCUUGAAGCCAUGGCUGCUCCUGCAGAUGUCAGCCCACUCCUGGAUACAUGCGUACACUAACAACACUAGUGCUUGUGUGGUGUCUGGAUUAUUAAAACCCAGCAAUCAGGGACCAGACAAUUACUGUGUUUGUUCAUUUGUUUUUGUAAAGUUUCUUACUAAGAUGACUUCAGACAUCCUUUAUUUUGUAUAAACAACUUUACAGACUUAAAAAAGGCAUAAUUAAAGGAGUGUUUUGGUGUGUUGAUUUAUUAA